AUGAUCAACCGGCUGCACGGCCAACCCGAGAGCUACGACAAAAAAUCCAAAUACAGAUUCGGUCGGACACUUGGCGCGGGCACCUAUGGAGUUGUUCGUGAGGCAGACGGUCCUACGGGCAAGGUGGCCAUCAAGAUCAUCUUGAAAAAGAAUGUCAAAGGCAACGAGAAGAUGGUUUACGACGAGCUCGACAUGCUCCAGAGGCUGAAGCACCCACAUAUUGUCAAGUUUGUCGAUUGGUUCGAGUCGCGUGACAAGUUUUAUAUCGUGACGCAACUGGCAACCGGUGGAGAGCUUUUUGACCGAAUUUGCGACCAAGGAAAGUUCACCGAGCUCGAUGCUUCUCAGACUAUCAAGCAAAUUAUGACCGCGGUCGACUAUCUGCAUGACAAUGACGUUGUUCACAGAGACCUCAAGCCCGAAAACCUACUCUACGUCACACGAGAGGCGGAUUCUGAUCUUGUCCUUGCUGAUUUUGGUAUUGCUAAAACAUUGGACAGUAAGGAAGAAACUUUGAAGACCAUGGCGGGGUCUUUUGGUUACGCCGCCCCCGAGGUAAUGGAGCAAAAGGGACACGGCAAGCCAGUAGAUAUGUGGUCUAUGGGCGUUAUCACGUACACAUUGCUAUGCGGAUAUUCCCCAUUCCGCAGCGAGAAUCUUCGGGAUCUGUUGCGCGAAUGCACCGCGGCGCCGGUUCCCUUCCACGAGCGCUACUGGAAGGACGUCAGUCAGGACGCCAAAGACUUUAUCUUGGGCCUCAUCGUUCCGGAACCUGAAAAGAGAUGGACUAGCAAGGAAGCAAUGGGUCACAUCUGGUUGAGCGGUAAGAACGCCACGGACCACAACUUGCUGCCCGAGCUCGAAGCCUACCGAAGAAGAGCACGCCUCCGCCGCGCCAUCGAAAUCAUCAAGCUGCAGAACCGCAUUGCCAAGCUCAGAGAGCACGAGGAAGACCCUGCCGAUUCCGAUAUGGGCGAUGUACAGGCCGGAGCUGGCGACAAUAAAGGCGACGGUUCCAGAUUGCAUGCGCUGGGAAUGUUUGCCCUCCGCGAGGCGAAACAGAAGCAGGAAAGUCUCCAGGUUGAGGAAGAGAUGGAGAAGGAGAGCAGACGGCGCAGUUUUAGCAACGCGUAA